UGAGGACGAAGCGCCAUAGUCACGGUAGUCCUGGCGACAAGAACCAAGCAACGGGAAUCAACAACAACAAUCUGAUCCAUUAAGAAAAAAACUCAGCUCCAAACUAAGAAAACCCAACAAGAACCAAAAGGAGCUCAGCAUUAGUCGUCAUGGCGACUUCAGGCUAUGCAGAGGAGCUGCAACCCUCCCAGCCUCAAGGGGGCAGCAUAACUCCUGCCGCAAAACCGGGCCAGCAGAAAGUCCCACCCAGUGACACCCCCCAGUUCAUUCCUGAAAUCCAGAGUUCUUCUAGCUCCUCCUCCUCCCAGACAGGCCCAGCCUCUAGUGCUAGACAGGCAACGCCUCCGGUGAGUCAGAAGAAGGCUGUUUUGGCCACACCUCCACAGGUGACCAUGUCGUCUGCACAGUAUGUUGUCUCUGAGAUUCAGAGCUCCGCCUCGCAGACCAGCAAUGGCCAGAACACGCCACAGUACAUAGUUGUCACGGUUACAGAAGGGUCUCUUCAUUCAAAUGACUCACUGUCAGACUCCAGUCCACCUCCCACUGCCCAGACAGGUGUGCCAACACAUGUUGUGCAACAGGUCCAGACUGCACAGCAGAGGUCAGUGGUUCAGACCACCGCCAAGAGCCAGAGUAACCAGCUAGGAGUCAGCACCCUGCACCUUACUCCUGAGAUCUCUCAGGUUGGGCAGCAUGUGUAUUCCAGCCAGGUUCAAUAUGUGGAAGGAGAUGGGAACUACAGCAACACGUCCAUUCGAUCCAGCACGUACCCGUACACAGAACCCACCCUUUACAACCAAGCCACACCCUCUGGGACAUACUAUGAAGCUCCACCCACAUCUGGGUCUCAGGUCUCCACCCCUGUGACCUCUCAGCCAGUUUCCGUGACUACCGGGUCGGGUGGGGGGGCGGCAACCAUGUUUUCAGCAGGCAGUACAGGAAUAACGGUGAUGUCAGGAGGCUCCUCUUCCAGUGGGGGCGGAGCCGGAGGCGGGGCCUGUGGAGGAGGGGUGGGGAGUUAUGUGGUUCAGGGUCCGUAUAUGCUCGGAGGAGGAAGCCAGAACUACUCUCACAACACACGGGCCUCACCUGCUACUGUGCAGUGGUUGUUGGAUAACUAUGAGACGGCGGAGGGUGUGAGUCUGCCUCGCUCCACCCUCUACUGCCACUACCUGCUGCACUGUCGGGAGGCCAAGCUGGAGCCUGUCAAUGCUGCUUCCUUUGGCAAGCUCAUCCGCUCCGUCUACAUGGGCUUACGCACCCGCCGUCUGGGGACCAGGGGGAACUCGAAGUACCACUACUAUGGCCUUCGGAUCAAGAACAGCUCUCCUCUGCUCAGACUUAUGGAGGACCAGCAGCACCUGGCCAUGAGACAGCAGCCUCUGUCACAGAAACACAGGAUAAAACCAGUGCAGAAGGUUGAAGGAAUGACCAAUGGCAUGGCUCUGGGGGUGGGGCAGGGGGCGGGACAUGGGGCGGGACUAACUGACAUCAGCUCUCAAGUUCAACAGUACCAGCAAUUUUUGGAUACGUCCCGCUCCGUGGGGGAGUUUCCUGACAUUGAUCUCCAGGGCAAAGAUCUUCCUGAUGGCAUUCUGCUGGAGCACCUCCGAGUGUUCCAGCAGCUCUACCGAGAACACUGUGAGGCCAUAUUGGAUGUGAUUGUGAACUUGCAGUUUCCUCUGGUUGAGACUCUGUGGAAGAGCUUCUGGAGGUCCAGUGAAGGACAGAGCAAUGACAUGGACACACUCGACCUUCAUGGUGAGUCAGAGAAACGCUUGCCCAAGGCGUCUCUGGUACUGCUGUGCAAAUACGAGCCCGUCCUGCGCUGGUGCCGCAACCGUGACAACUCCCUCUACCAGACACUAGUGGACAUCCUCAUCUCUGAUGUGCUCAGACCAAUACCCAGUGCCUUAACCCAAGCCAUCCGCAACUGUGCCAAGAGCUUGGAGAAUUGGCUGACCAGUGCCAUGAUUAACAUACCAGAAGAGAUGGUUCGCAUUAAGGUGGUGUGUGCGGGAGCCUUUGCUCAGACCCUGCGCAGAUACACGUCUCUGAAUCACCUGGCUCAGGCUGCCCGAGCUGUUCUGCAGAACUCCGCCCAGAUCAGCCAGAUGCUCAACGACCUCAACAGGGUGGACUUCACUAACGUCCAGGAACAGGCGUCGUGGGUGUGUGCGUGUGAGGAGCAGGAAGUGCAGCGCAUUGAGCAGGACUUCAAGCUCACCCUGCAGCAGCAGAAAUCUCUGGAGCAGUGGGCCGUCUGGCUGGAUGGUGUCGUCUCCCAGGUCCUAAGCCCCUACACGUCCAACCCUACCUUUCCCAAGACUGCCAAGCUCUUCCUGCUGAAGUGGAGCUUCUACAGCUCUAUGGUGAUUAGGGACCUGACUCUGCGCAGUGCAGCCAGUUUCGGCUCUUUCCACCUGAUCCGGCUGCUCUAUGAUGAGUACAUGUAUUACCUGGUGGAGCACAGGGUUGCCCAGGCCAAAGGAGAGACACCUAUUGCUGUAAUGGGAGAGUUUUCUAGCCUGGGCCGAAGCCUGAGCACAGCAGACACAGAGAAAGAAGAAGAGGAAGAGGAAGAUGAGGAGAGUGAUGAAGAUCAGAUGUCUGUUCCAGCUGAUGCAGCUGCUAUGGGGGAGGAGUCUCUGGAGCCGCCCACCAAACUAGCCAGAACAGACCUGUUCGGCACCACACACAACUAACACACACACACACACACACACACACACACACACACACACAAAAGCAAG